AUGCCCGUCGGCGCGGCGGGCCAGCGCCCUGCAGGAGGCGAGCUCGGCGAGAGCGGCCGCCCCCUGCGGCCGAGCCAGCAGCGAGGCGCGGUGUCGGACGAGCGAGCGGCACGCGUGUCGGCUGAGCAGCUCAAGCGCGCGGCGAGAACGGAGCUCGCGGAUGGCAAGGGCAGCGGCCCACACGUGGCGCGGCGACGGCGAGUGCAGCGCCGCCCAGCGCCAGCGCGACCACAGCGCGUAGAAGCGCUCGAACUCGCACCAUCGCAGCAGCGCCGCGGCAGCCUCAGGCGGGCGGCUGGCGGCGUGCCACGCGCGGAGUGCGUGGCGCAGUCUCCUCCGCUGCCCACGCACAGCCAAGCGAAGCACGCCCGCCAUAGCCUCGAACCCCAUGGCCUCCGACCCGACAGCCGCUUCCGCUGGCCCGCGGCGCGCAGCGACGUGGCGCGCAGCAACGUGGCGUGCAGCCUCGUGGCGCGCGACCCCGUCGAGCGGCCUCCUCGGCCUGGGAGCUUUGGUGUCGGCGGCGCUGUGGUCAUUGCGCUGCGGCUUCCAGAGGUGCACUGCCUGGGCGUGCUGUGGCACGAGCCAUUGCGCGUGGCAGAGCCGUGUGGCAGGCGGCAGGCGGGUGAGCGAUCAAACAGCGCAGCGUUGUGUGCCGCGUAA